GCAUCCUCUACUUUAUAUCCGUUUCUACAACCCAUAUCCUCCCUCCGUUCCGCCAAGAUGCCUCCAAAGAACCAGAAUCUGAAGCCCAAGUCCGAGAGGGUCACGGUGGACAAGACCUUUGGCAUGAAAAAUAAAAAGGGUGGUGCCGCCCAGAAAGCCAUCAAGCAAAUCCAAUCCCAAUCAUCUAGUGCGAAGACCCCGGACCAGAAACGAAAAGAGGCCGAGAAAGCACAACGUGAGAAGGAUAAGCUCGCCGCCGAGAAAGCGCGCAAGGAAGCCGCUGAACUGUUCAAGCCGGUGCAGACGCAGAAGGUUCCGUUUGGAGUGGACCCGAAAACCGUCUUGUGCCAGUUCCACAAGAAGGGAGUGUGCGAGAAGGGGAAGCGAUGCAAAUUCUCGCACGACCUUGCUAUCGAGCGGAAGACGGAGAAGCGGUCACUCUAUACCACACGGGAGGAGGAGGAAGCAGAAGAGGAGACGAAAAAGGAUGACAUGACAAAUUGGGAUGAGGCGAAGCUACGGAGCGUCAUCUCAUCGAAGCAUGGCAAUCCUCAGACGACAACAGACAAAGUGUGUAAGCACUUCAUCGAGGCCGUCGAGAACCAGAAGUACGGCUGGUUCUGGGUGUGCCCGAACGGCGGGGACAAGUGCAUGUACAGACACAGUUUGCCACCUGGAUUCGUCCUCAAAACCCGCGAACAGCGGCUGGCAGAGAAAGCCUUGAUGGAUAAAUCACCCCUCGCCACGCUCACGCUCGAAGACUUCCUAGAAUCCGAACGACACAAGCUCACUGGCACGCUGACGCCGGUGACCCCUGAGUCGUUCGCGAAGUGGAAGAAAGACCGGCUGGACAAGAAGGCGGCCGUCGAGGAGGCGAAGAAGAUGAAGGACGCGACCGGCCGCAUGCUCUUCGAGCGGGGCGAUUGGCAGGCGAGCGAUGACGAGGACGAUGAGGAGCAGGAUCCGGGCGCGUGGAAUCUCGAGGCGCUGCGAAAGGAGACGGAGGCGCUACGGCAGAAGAAGGAGGAGGAGAGGCUCGGGCUGGGUGGUGCGCCAGGUGGGUCGGGGGGUACGGAUGGCGACGGUGGGGGCGCGGCGGAACCAUGAGCGGCAACUUGAUAUCACGAUUAGAUGGAGACGUCUUGGUGUUUUUGAGGCUUUCCCGCCCGAUCCCCGUGGCCCAUUCCCUGGCAUUCUGAGUUCUGACAUCGUAAACGAUUUUCAGCGGCAUGGUUUGAGAUGAUAGCCAUAUACGUGGCGUUCAUAGGUAUGAUACAAGUCUCAAAUCGAGCAGAGCAACCCGUGUUACUCACGAGAGCCCCCUUUCCUAAUUUGACCCCUUCGUGCCUC